AUGUGGGCGCUAAAUAAGUUGAAUUUGGAUUGGGGCGCCGCAUCGAGUCAAAGAGUGAAUGACAUGAAUGAGCUUGACGAGUUUCGUCUAAAAGCAUAUGAAAGUUCAGCCUUCUACAAGGAGACGAUCAAGAAGUAUCACGAUCAGAAGAUAGAAAAGCGUGAAUUUAUUAUGGGUGAUCUGGUGCUUCUAUUAAACUUAAGGCUGCGAUUGUUUCCUGGCAACCUCAAGUCCAAGUGGACUAAGCUAUUCCGAGUCACUCAAGUGUUCCCACAUGGAGCGGUCGAGCUCGAGAACAAGGAAGGAAUAAGGUUUAAGGUGAACAGGCAAAGGAUCAAAGUCUACAUGGGGAAAUUGGAGAGUGUGAAAGAGGUGAUAAAGGCCUAUUAUCUUGAUGAAGUCUAA